AUCUAAACAAUAAUGGCGGAUGUUCAGGCAUCCUUACUUGUUGUAUUUGUUGUUUCAUUUAUAGCUGUUCUUUUAGGUGUACAUAUAACGGAAUUAGAUACAGAUUGCUGUGUUCUCCCAAUUGCUGCUGUAACUGUCUGUAUUUUGAGCGUUUAUAGUUUCCGAGAAUACCGUCAGGAUAAAAAUCGCCAUGUCUGUGUGCUUGUGUUGGGUGAUAUUGGACGUAGCCCUCGCAUGCAAUACCAUGCAAUCUCUCUGGCCAAGCAUGGAUACAGCGUCUCCUUCGUUGGUUUCUUUGGUACCAAACCACACGAGGACGUCAUUGCAAAUGGAAAGAUAACAAUCAUUCCAAUUUCCGAAGUCAAAGGACUUACAGUUGGUCCCAAGAUUCUAAGAUACGUCACCAAAGUGGUUGUGCAAUCCCUACAGCUUCUUUAUACACUGAUGAAAAUCAAGCAUUUCUCCCAUAUUCUCAUGCAGAAUCCUCCUGGAUUGCCUAGCAUUGCUGUUACAUGGUUAGUGAGUAGUUUGCGUGGGGUCAAGUUUAUUAUUGACUGGCAUAACUAUGGUUACACUAUAAUGGCCCUUACCCAUGGACAAAGACAUCCUAUUGUUCGGGUUGCAAAAUGGUAUGAGAAGUUCUUUGGCAGGUUUUCAAAUUAUAAUCUUUGUGUCACUAAGGCCAUGAAAGAGGACCUCCUCAAAAACUGGAGCAUUACGGCAACGACUCUAUAUGAUAAGCCACCAUUACUAUUUAAAGAGACGCCGUUGGAACCUCAGCAUGAGCUUUUCAUGAAGAUGGCCAAGGUUUACCCACAGUUUCAGCCAAGUGGUGAGCCCACUGAUGAAGAAGUGGAGCUGACCGCUUUUACACAGCACAGUGGAAACACUGGCACUGUCAGUCUUGUUGCAAAGAGGCCUGCUCUACUGUUGAGCAGCACCAGCUGGACAGAGGAUGAAGAUUUCUCAAUUCUACUAAAGGCACUUGAGUAUUAUGAAGAGUUUGUGAAUACGGGCGAGGGUCUCCCAGAGCUGAUUUGUGUCAUUACAGGUAAAGGCCCUCAAAAGGAAUAUUAUAAAAAACUAAUUGACUCCAAGAGCUUUCAACAUGUUAAGAUUUGCACUCCAUGGCUAGAGGCAGAGGAUUACCCUCUGUUGCUUGGUUCUGCCGAUCUUGGGGUUUGCCUGCACAAAUCCUCCAGUGGCCUUGAUCUUCCUAUGAAAGUUGUGGACAUGUUCGGCUGUUGCCUGCCUGUCUGUGCUAUACACUUUGAAUGUUUACAUGAAUUGGUGAAGCAUGAGGAAAAUGGAUUAAUAUUCCAGGACUCAAAUGAAUUAGCCACACAAUUGAAGUUGCUGCUGUGUGACUUCCCGAGCAGCGAGGGCAAACUGGGGCUCUUCAGGAGGAACCUGAGAGCCAGUGGUCAGCAGCGCUGGGAUGAGAACUGGGAUCAGACUGUUCUUCCCAUACUAACGGCUGACAGCAGAUGACCAACCAAAACCGACUUCAUACAAGUCCAAAUAUGUGGUUUAGUGAGAAACAUGGGUAGAUUAAGGCCCGAUUCAUAGUCUAUGCAAGCUAUGCAAACGCAAAUCCAGCUACGCUAAAAGGGUUUGGCGCAUACUUACGUUACAUUUAGCAGACACUUCUUGACCAAAGUGACUUGUGUACUUGUGUAGCAAAAUGUGUAACGUGACACAAGCGUGUGUGCCAUGUCAUGCCUUUUUGAUGGGGGCGCAUUUCAAUCUGCAUUGCUUGUGUAAACUAUGAACCAGCCCUGACCUCUCUUAAAAGAAGUCCUGUGGCAUUGUUUGAGUAAGUGGUACAUUUCCUAAUAUACAAGCCCUAUGAUGUAAUUUUUUAGAAACAAUGGCAUAGGGUUCUUCUUUUAGGUGCAGCACUUAUUAAAUUAACUAUGACAGGUUUGUUACUAAUCCACGUAUUUGGAAUAUUGGCAGGAUAAAGGAGAAAUCCGGCGAGUUUUCACAUUGAUCCGUUUCUCAAGGUCACCGAGUACUGACCGCUAUGAAAAAAAAAAAAAAAUGAGCCAGCAGCUAACACAACCAGGCAGCUACAGCACUACACUCUAUGAGUAUGCCCGUGAGCUCCCAUGUACAUGCCCCCAGAGUGUAGCAUUGUAGCUGCAUUAGCUGCUGGCUGUAGCAACUCGAGCUAGGUAAAACUAGGUGUUGUUUUUUUCUCUUGUACCUACAGUACUUGGUGACCUCGAGAAACAGAUCUAUGUGAAAACUCACCAGAGUUCUCCUUUAACUUCAGUGUUCCAUUCCUUUAUUUAAAUAUAAGGGCAGCAUAUAUCUACCAUGUGUAAAUAAUGUAAAUAAAUGCUUUAUAUCAAAGAAAUAAUGCAACAUUUCUCUUUUACAAAUAUAGUUUUAUUAAUUCUAUGGUGGAGAAUCUGUUGUAUGGGAAGAUUUGGGUUGUAGGACCUGUGAUGAUUGAAUGUUUCACCCCGGCAUUUGCUGAAAUAAAGAAAGGAUAUUUUAUAGGUA